GUUAUACUUUUCUUUUCUCUCAUACUUUCUCACUUCCCUCCUCUACUUACCAACCUCGGCUUAUGCAGAAAGAUGCCAAAGUAUUUCAUCCCUGUGUCUGAUCGUCACAAGCAAAUACAGACUUUAGUAAAUGCGUUUGAGGGCAACCGGUUCAGUUGAUUAUUAUAAAUACCAAAUUGUAUCUGGAGUUUAAAGGAUUUCUCUUUGUCUUCAGUCUUCAAAAGCGUCAGCCAGCAUCCGCCGGUUAGAGAUCGAAAAGACUGACAAGAAAGUAGAUAUCUUUCCUCUACGCUGAGAGGUUCAACCUGUUUGGAAAGGAUGACCGCCGUCAUUAGAGAGGAAGACCGACAUCCGACCUCGCUGCAGAGACACAGCAGAAGUGAGACAAGACAAGAUGGCCUAAAAAUCUGUUAUGUGAGGCGUGUGUAAAGCUCACUUCAGGUGAACCGCUGAUUUUAAACCUGAUCCAUAUCAAUAAACUUAAAAAGAUUUAGAAAAGAGAGACAUUAUAGUUCAGUUCAACAAACUGAAUGACCGCUGAAAUCUUCAGAAAUGGAGUUACCAUUGGCCAGGGCUACAGAUCACCUGCUAUAAAACGUACGCUGCCUUUGUCUACCAAGUAAACGUGGGACUCUCUAGAUUGCCAAGUUACAAGACUUCUCGUCAGAACCACAAAUAUCCAAAGGAGUUACACCGUCCGGGUCAGCCAUGAAUGAGACCGACGAGAUGUCGUUGAAAUGCGUCCUAGUAGGGGACAGUGCCGUGGGCAAGACCGCCUUACUGGUCCGCUUCACCUCAGAAACCUACCUGGACAACUACCAGCCCACAGUGUUUGAAAACACAGGGGUGGAGGUUUACAUGGAUGGGGUUCAGAUCAACCUAGGGCUGUGGGACACGGCGGGCAGUGACAACUUUAGACAAAUCCGACCGAGAUCCUACCAGCAGGCCGACGUUGUGCUUAUCUGCUACUCUGUGGCCAACCCUAAUUCUCUGGCCAGCGUCCAGCACAAGUGGAUCGCUGAGGUUCGAGAAAACUUGCCAAGGGUGCCGGUGCUGGUUGUUGCAACCCAGACAGAUCUGAGGGAGAUUGGGGCUUACCGUGGCAGCUGUAUCUCAGCAGCGGAGGGGAGACGUGUGGCUCAUGAAGUCCACGCUAAAGGAUACCUGGAGUGCUCCUCCUUAAGUAACCGUGGUGUGCAGCAAGUGUUUGAGAACGCAGUACGAACAGCCGUUUACCAGGCGAAGAAACGGGCCCGGCGACGGAUGUUCAGCCUCAACCAGUGCAAGGUCUUUUGACCUUUGUACUUUGAACUUGACCCGGGUGGCACCUCAGCCUUCAUGAGAGGACAUUUUUUUAAUGAGGGUCCUAGUGUGCUGUUCAGACUCCAUGAGAGUUUGUUAAGGUACAAGAACCGAAAGCUGUAUUUUUCUAAUUUUGUAGGUAGGGUUUUUCUACACCGUUGGGUCUAAUGCACCCUCCAAAAGACUUGUCUAAACUAAAAGAAUAAAAAUGAGAAUACUUGAUUUAGCCAAGCAUGUACUCAAAUUAAAGUUCUACUUUUGUGUGGUUCAGGGAGAAACAUUUUUGAUUCUUCUGAUCUGUUUGUGAAUGUACCGCAGGACAUCUAAGAGGUAUUUCAAAUUUGGUAUCCGGGUUUCUUUGUGUUUCACACUUAAUGAAGCGAUUAAGGAUUUCACUGCCACAAAUGAGAAUGGAUCUUUAACAGAUUUGUCAAAAACUACGAAAAGUAUUUUCUCAGGCUCCUAAAAUAUAGCAUAUUAUGAAGUCAGGAAAUAAUGUUGAGUGCAUGUUGAAUUUUGUCAGCACCUAUUUAAAUGCCUUAGAGUAUGAAUAAGACCAUUUUAGGUCAAUUUUUGCUGCAUCAGGAUAUGAAUAUGUAAAGCGUAUUGUCUAUGAUUUCUCCUGAGAAAAUGACAUUUCACUAGAUGUGACCAGGAAAUACACUUUCAAUAGCUCAAAGCCUUUGUUUCUCAAGGUUAUUUGUUAGUUUUCUAUCUAUUUAAAUAUACCUUUUUAUAUAUUAUUAGAAACGUAUGACCUGUUGCAUUGAACUCAAAUGUGACCAGUGCAUGACAGUCAACACAUUUCAGACAUUAAAAAGCAAGAAACUUUAAAACAUUCAUUGAAUGUUUGUAUUGAUUCAUACAAGAUAUAAUUGAUAAGUUUCAUUUAUACGAGUAGAGAAUACAAACUUUUUAGAAAUUCUACAAUAAAGUGAAGAAACAUGGAGCAGCAUUACGGACAUCUUGACACGGAUCAUUGAAACCAUGUGCUGAAUAACGGCUUUUGUGAUUUUAUUUUUAAAACUGUAAACAUCUUUUAAGAGUAAAAAAUUAAUAAAAAUAUGACAUUACCUGCCUAUGUUUCCCGCUUGUCCAUAUAUUAAAGCUAAGGAUUCACGGCAUUGUGUAAUUUCUGCACAUUCUUUUCAUAACGAAACAUGUUUUGGGAAAUCAUCUAAUAACCUACAAGUAUUUGUAAUGCCCCAUUUGUUUUUACCUUUCUAUCUUUUUGAGAGAGUUUGCCUUUGAUUUGAAUAUGUGUGCAUUCAUUAUCAAAGCACCCUUUUAUGCCGUUACAUAUAACUCAUAUAAAAUCAGUAAGAAUUUAAAAGGUAAAAUGUAUAAUUUUUUAAGGAAACAACUUGUCUACUUUACAGAGUAUUGUUCUACUAUACGUCUCAUGAACAUACUUAUGUUACAGGUUUUGUAUGUUUUGCAUAUCACAUGUUGCAUCAAACUUAUAUCGUGUGUAUUAAGCAUUUGCCAAAUCAAUUUGUGAAAUCUGUAUUAGAAUACACAUAUGAGAUACAUAAACACAUUAUUUAGAUCAGAACCCUCAUUCCUAUUUUUCUUUUUUAAUCAAAUGUUUGGAUUUAACUUGAUUAUCAGAGGCUCAAAAGUGUUGUUUGGAAAGCGAUAAAACAAUAGACUUAUGGUUUAACAUUAUACAAUACACAUACAUGAAUUCAAAUGUUUGUAUUAAUCCAAGUCAAGUCAAUUUCUUACGUUUUGUCCCAAAUUAUAAUUUCAGAAGAUAAAAAAGUAUACUGUAUGACAUGGUCUAUCCUUGGAGCCAAAAACACACCUUUACAGUCCCUAUAUCAUAUGUCCGUAAAGAAGCCUCUGUUUGGUUUGUAGCUUCAAACAUAAGAAAAUGACUUGACUAGUCAGAGUUUAAAGAUUAAUUGUAGCUGUAUUAUAAAGACAGCGAACACUCGACCAGGAACAACCAGAAUUUUUUUUAGAAAAGCUGUUCCACCCUCUCAUGGUUUUCUCCCACUCUUUCUCUUCAUUUCUUUGUCUUAUGUGUGGUUUUAAAGGCUGCUGAGGAUCAGAGAUACAACACAGGCUUUUCAAGGAUACGCAGAAAAACCCUUUGCCACAUCCCAACACACACACACACACACACACACACACACACACACACACACACACACACACACACACACACACACACACACACACACACACACACACACACACACACACACACACACACACACUUCUUUAAUGUUACAGCUGGUAUAAGAGAUAGAGCUAAUAGAGCUAGCCUAUAACGAAACAUGAUAUGUUGAUUAUAUUUUGUAUUAUAAAUCUGAAUCCUCAGUUACUACAAAUUAUUUUAUUUUAUAAUUAUUAUAUAUUUUUGAAAUAUUAGUGGCAAAAAAUGGAAAUACUCAUGUAAAGUACCGUAUAAGUACAGUACUUAUACGGAAUAAAUGAACUCACUUAAUGUCCCCCGCUUCAUCAGACCUGACUAUGUGCAAAUUAAUUCACAAAACAGCUAUCUUAAUAAAUGAAAUCAAGAAAUGUGGUCAAAUACUAUCUGUAA